AAAUUCGAGCUCGGGCCAUUCUAUUCGGAGCCGGGGCCACAGCUUCUUGCUCUGUCUGUCGUUGCUCUCGACUGCCUGCUCGAGCGCGGACCCGAUACAUGAUUACAUCUGGCUCGAUUUGAGAGGCUUUCAAUCGAGGGUCGCAGGCGCAUCGUCGUCGUCGUCUUUGUGGGGUCGCGCCUGUGGUCGUUAUCGCUUGCGGAAAUUUGGACUGUGGCGAAUUUCCGCUGUGCCGGAGGGGCGGAGUAGAUAGAUGGAUGAAGUGUUGCGCUGCUGCUGUGGAAGUUGGAGAAUGGACGACUCGUCUUCCGACGUGUUGCAUCGUCGUUGAAGAGACCGUACGAGGAGGAUUGUACUCGUUGGCAGCGGAAUUGAGUGGUGUUUCCGAGGAGGAAGACUGGAUCGUUUGCUGUUCGGAGUGUCGUGGUGGAGAAAUUGGGGGCGAGUGCGUGAAGUGAAGUGAAGUGAAGAGAAGCGAAGGAAAGGAAAGGGAGUGAGCAAUUGACAGAAGUGAAGGGCCGAGGGGUCUGUCCGAUUCUGUGUGUCUUGUGAUGCUUGUGUCUCCCUUUCAGUGUUCAGUUGUGCAUACGGGGAGAGGCCUGGUUUGUAAGCUGUCAUGUGUAUGAGCAAUGGCAGCUGGGAGAGAAGAUCGGAGCAUUCAAAUGAAACAGCCUUUGCUGGUUGAAAGGGACGAGAGCUUCACGUUUCCUUCUUCGCUGCCGAAUAGUCAAUCCGUGACUGUGGAUGUCGGAGAAUACACAGGAUCUGUCUUUGAUAGCAAGACCUUUCAAGGAGAGUCUUUGAACAAUGGCCCGUACGCCCCUUGUACUACUCCUGGGCACUUCAGAUCCUCAUCGGCCGGAGUUUCCAGAGAUACUAUCGGUGAUGAUUCUAGCGAUGGUAUCGAAGGUGAGCAUGUCAAAAAGCGCGUGGACCCGAAACAGAAGGCGCUACGGUCGAAAAGAAGAAGAAGUCUUCGGAAUCCCAAAUCGCUCAUGAAGCAAGCAGCUCAUUCAGCUUCAAAUGAUCCCAUUUAUUUUUUGAAAAAUGUGAUACGGGGUAUACUGCUGUGGCCAAAGUGGGCAUGGAAUUCAAUGGCGUCACAAAAGAAUCUGACCGUAAUAUCUUUGAAAUCAGGCAUUGCCGCCGGUUUAGUAUCCAUUAUAUGUGUCGUGCACUUUCCGCCUCCGUAUGAUGAGUUGUCUUCUAUAGCCAUAUGGGCUGUAGUCACAAUUGACAUUCUGUACGAGGGAAAUAUUGGACUUUCUCUUAUGAAGGGUGUGAACAGAGUAGCAGGAACUCUAUGUGCUGGUACUGCUGCUGUUUGUUUGACCCAGCUGGGGCCAGAUGUUCCGGAGCAUCUGUACCCAUACUACACGGUAUUUUGGGUUUUCUUAGGAGGAUUCGUAUUCCGUUAUCUGAAAGGGAUUCCUCCUCUCAAAGACCAGUGGGGCUAUGCUUUUACCGUGGCAACCAUUGCGUUUCACAUCCUUCUGCUUAGUUCGUAUUUGCAGCCAGAGAAGGUCACGCUGCCUAUUUUGAGGUUCUCCAUGAUUCUGUUAGGAUUCUUCUUAGCAUCGAUCAUCAAUCUGUCCUUUAUGCCAGUUUAUGCUGGAGAUACACUUCACUCAUUGGUGGCGAAGAACUUUGAUGCAGCCGGUGCUAUACUACUAAGGUGUGUGACAGAGUACAGCAACUAUACAAUGCUGGAUCACGUUCCCGAUAUUUUGAGUGGUUGCUCAGAAGAUGACAAAAUUCAUCAGAGCUAUCACGAGAUUGUCAUGUCAGAUUCAGAUAUAGACAAGUUGCUGGGUGCAGUUCUCUGGGAACCUUGUCACGGUGCAUUCUUUAAUGGUUAUCCUUGGCAUCUAUACGACGAUAUAACGGAUUAUCUACGAUACACCUUGUAUGAUGUCAUAGCUCUGGAUUCGUGUUUAAGGGCAAGCAUCCAAGCUCCGAAAAAUUUGCGGGAUCUUUUCACCCAGGAAAUGAAGGAGAUUGCAGAGGAGUGUUCGAAGGUGUUAGGCCUUUUAGGUGAGAGCAUGAGAAAUAUGACGAAAGUAGGUUCGGAGGAUCUCCUGUGUAGAGCUGAGGAAGCAGCCAUCGAAUUACAAAACAAGAUCUACAUCCACACGCAUCUUUUGUUGGGAAAAGGAGCUGCAGAGUCACCGAGGUAUGGGUUAUAUCUUGCGUCAUGCUAUGGGAAUCCGGACGCCGAACAACGGGACGCUUCUGACGUUGUUCAGAGGGUCUAUGAUCCCAACGAUCCAUGGGCUACUAGCGAGGCAGAACAAUUUCAGUCCUAUGAAGAUAGGGAGAAUUUUGCAUCUGCAAGGACAAGGAGCAAGGAAAUAGAGAAUGGUGAUGAAGAAUCAGCACCGUUAGUAGUUCCUACACAAAAUGGCCAUGAUACGAGAUUGGGAGAAGACUACAUCUCCCUCGACAAUCGGUACGAGACAGAGCACGCAGUUUUGUCAUCGUGGCAAGAUAGUCCGCACUUGUCGAGGUGUAACUCGACACAGCUUAGUCGGAAUGGCUCCGGAGAAACAGUGGACGUAUUUCCUCGAGGAGGAUUGUCAAGAGGGUUGUCCGAUGAGAGAAGACAACACUCACAAAGUUUACCAGAAAAUAUACAGGUAGAUGAUGGUUCAGGAGUCGGAGAGGCUCCGAAACCCCAAACCAAAGUUAAGACGAAGAUGCGUGGUUCGGAAAAGCUCCAACAAACAAGUUGGAAGCAUACUUUCAAGAGCAGAAGGUCAAAUUUAGGCACCGAUUACGAUGGGGCUGAAGAAAGAAUAUCUGCCUUAUCCCUGGUAAAGUUUGCGUCUUUGCUGAUUGAAAUAGUUGCGAAGAUGAAGUAUGUUGUCACAUCCGUCCAAGAACUAGGAGAAGCUGCGAAGUUCAAGACACAGAAUGUCGAAUCCUUUGAAUCAAGCCUGCGGGCAGGAAUUCCCGACAUCAGAACGUAGUCAACGCAAUGCAGCGUUCAUGGGUCUGCAGAUUCUGUCUGACUCAGCAUUCUUUACAGGAUUAAAAGGGCAAAGCGGUCGGAGUUUUGUCUAAGUGUAAUUAUCUCCUUCUGAAGGAUUUUCCAGAAGAUAUUUAGGAAAUAUGUACAAUACUCCACUGUAACUAUCAACGUAUGCAGAGGAAGUCCACGCCAACUUUGUCUCUCCACGACCAUACGUUUCAAAUUGCAGCACGUCGGGUCAUGAUUCACAACUUUUAAGUUAGAAUGUCAUGAUGUGGGCAAAAUCUUUUUUC